UUAUUUUUUUGCGCCUGCGCACUUGAUGGUCUACGCGACAUACAUAAAAUCAUUUUGUGGAAAAAUUUGAAGUUUGUUGUUAUUAGUGACAACCUAUAAUUUAUAAUUAUUUAUGAAAGCUCCUUGCUAAUUACCAUUCCAGGCGUGAGGCUGGAUAAUUCUGUGUGAUUCGCCCUGGAUGCGUUCAGUCACAAUUAUUCAGUACGAACGAGCGGUGUACGGUAGCCAUGGUAGCCAUCUUGGAAUCGAACAAAGCUUCAGAUGUGUAGUUUGUCUGUUUAUCAAUAAUUUUUGUGCAUUUUAUUGUAAAUAGUUUGUAUGUUUAGGAUAUGUACGGAACGUUCGUCCAUAUGUGUAAAUAGCUAUGGCAGCGACAAGGAAAUUACAAGGUGAAAUAGACAGGUGUUUAAAAAAAGUAACGGAAGGGGUAGAGACGUUUGAGGACAUCUGGCAGAAGGUUCACAAUGCUACAAAUAGUAAUCAGAAAGAGAAGUAUGAGGCGGAUCUCAAGAAAGAGAUUAAGAAGCUUCAGAGGCUACGGGAUCAGAUCAAAUCGUGGAUCGCCUCCGGGGAGAUUAAGGAUAAGAGUACACUUUUAGAAUAUAGGAAACUAAUAGAAACGCAAAUGGAGAGAUUUAAAGUAGUUGAACGAGAGACAAAAACAAAGGCAUACUCUAAAGAAGGGUUAGGGGCGGCACAAAAGCUAGACCCGGCUCAAAAAGAAAGAGAGGAAAUGUCUGCGUGGCUGGUCUCGUCUAUCGAUGCACUUAAUUUACAGGUUGAUCAAUUUGAGUCUGAAAUAGAGUCAAUGGUAGUUGGUAAGAAAAAACGACUGGAUAAGGAAAAGCAAGAUCGUAUGGAGGAGCUGAAACUCAAGCUCGAAAAGCACAGGUUUCACAUAAAGAAGCUGGAGACCUUGCUCCGAAUGCUUGACAACAUGUCUGUAGAAGUCGAACAGAUACGAAGGAUAAAAGAGGAUGUCGAAUAUUAUAUAGACUCGUCUCUAGAGCCAGGCUUCGAGGAGAAUGAGUACAUAUACGAUGAUAUUCGAGGGUUAGACGAGAUUGAACUGAGCGGCGUGGGCUUGCCUUCGUCUGCUACCACGGAUAGUAAUAAUAGUAACGAUUCUGGAGGAUCGCCCACUAGUAUGCUAUCAGGUACAACAAGUCCAAUCACGUCGCCAGCGCUAGAAGUCCACAAUCACUCAACAGACUCCAUAGACGUAGAAAAGAAAAAGAAAGAGGAAGUCAUUGCGAAACCGGUUAAGCCGAUGGCGCUUCGGGCCGCCACGGCGGUGGUCGGCAAUAGCUCGCCUAACGUUAGUUCCUUGCUCAAUAACUCCGCAGCAUCGACCAAUAGCAUAAGCAACUCGGGGCUUUCGGGCGCGUCGACGCCCAGCAAGCAGCCACCGCCCAGCCCGCCGCACGCGCCGCAUGUCCGGCAGCCUAACAACACUGAAACCUACAACCCGGUCGAGUCUACUGCGCACCUCGCCGGAAUGCGACUCUCCCUCGCACUCUCCCGCACGUCUCCCCGCGUUCGUACCAGUGUCGAUGUGACGUCACGGCCCCCAGAAGUAGUGGAGAAUGGUCCCGUGUCGAGUGCGCCUGCGCACACGCCGCACUUACCGCCGCCCGUUCAACCUGUGCCGACGUCAAAGAGUUCAGCGGUGACGUUGAUUCCCAACUCGACGCCGACCAGCGCGGCGCCCGCCCUGCCGCCCGCGCCCGCGCCCGCGCCGCCCUCGCCGGCGCCGUUAGCUCUCAAUGGACCUACGUUACACCACCACGCACUCAACAACGUCGUCGUCUCGCUAGCGCUCAACGGGCCCACACUGCACCACCAUGCGCUCAACAAGUACGUAUGGAUAUGGGACAUUUGUACUUGCAAAUACAGUCUAGUUUUGCUAGACAGCACCAUUUCAUGGGGGGUCCCACACAAGCUUUUUCUAGCGCCGCCUUCGCCGGCGCCGCUCGCGCUCACCGGACCCACGUUACACCACCAUGCGCUCAACAACGCGGCGCCCGCCCUGCCGCCCGCGCCCGCGCCCGCGCCGCCCUCGCCGGCGCCGUUAGCUCUCAAUGGACCUACGUUACACCACCACGCACUCAACAACGCCGCGCCCGCCCUGCCGCCCGCGCCCGCGCCGCCCUCGCCGGCGCGGUUAGCUCUCAAUGGACCCACGUUACACCACCACGCACUUAACAAGUACGUAUGUUACACUAGAGGCAGCCUCGAGGCUGGCAAGUGGGAACGUUGCCUCAAUCUGUGGCACGCCGCGUCCUGA